UUCGCACGCUCAGUUGUCUUCAAAGUUCCAAUUACAAAAGAGUGUUUCUGUUUGUUUCAAAUUCGUCUAAGGCUUCCACGAGUGCACCUCUUCAUAAUGUUAUCAGCAAAUACGACAGGAUUAAUACUGGUGACAAUAAUUUUUCUAGCUGGGAACGUAGCUUCAAAGUACAUUGUUUGCUACUACGGCACUUGGGCUUCCUAUAGAAAUGGGAAUGGAAAGUUCUCGGUGAGCAAUAUAGAUCCCUUUCUCUGUACACAUUUAAUAUACGCAUUUGUUGGAAUUGAAACUAAUGGAACCAUUAAAGUCCUGGACCCGUGGCUUGACUUGGAGGACAAUUGGGGCCUUGGGAGCAUGCGUCAGUUCAAUGACAUGAAACGCGUUAAUCCUACCUUGAAAACGUUGGUAGCCAUCGGUGGAUGGAAUGAGGGAUCCCGUAAAUUUUCUACCGUAGCUCAAAGUGCACUUUUAAGAGCCAGGUUCGCUCAAAACGCUGCUGCGUUUUGUUUGUAUCAUGGAUUUGACGGACUGGAUGUUGACUGGGAAUAUCCAGCCCAACGUGACGGGGAUCCAUCUGUAGACCGGGAAAACUUCGUGUUGCUUUUGGCAGACCUGAGAGCAAAGUUUUCUAAGCACGGGCUGUUACUGACUGCUGCAGUGGCUGCAUCCGAGACAUCAGCUUCGAUUUCGUAUAACAUUCCAGAAAUAUCGAAAUAUUUAGAUUUCAUAAACCUUAUGUCAUACGAUAUGCACGGUUCAUGGGAAUCGAAAACAGGUAACAAUGCUCCCCUCUACAUAGGACCUCAAGAUGAUACUCCAGCUCAAAAACAAUUAAAUGUGAACAGCAGUGUGAGCUAUUGGCUGCAACAAAUGGCUCCUGCGAAGAAAAUUAUUCUAGGAGUAGCAUUCUACGGUAGAUCCUUCACAUUGCGAUCCAGUAGUCAGAACUACGUUGGCGCUCCAACAAAUGGCCCCGGACAAGCAGGGCAAUACACUUAUGAAUCUGGAUUUCUUGGUUACAACGAGAUUUGUGAAAAACUUUUAGUUGACAAAUGGUAUCAGUGCUGGGACGAUGAUCAGAAGGUCCCAUAUGCUUAUAAAGAUAACCAAUGGGUUGGAUUUGACAACGUUGAAAGUUUAUCUUUGAAGUGUGAUUUCGUCAAUCAACACGAGCUGGGAGGCGUAAUGCUUUGGUCUAUCGAAACGGAUGAUUUUAACGGAAGGUGCGAUGAAAAAUUUCCGCUUCUAAAUACAAUUAACAGUAGAUUAUAUGGAUCAACAGGUACUUCAACUACAACCACGCCUGUUCAAACAACAAAUACCGUAAACAACACUGCCUCACCGUCCCCAAUAUCUUCAACACAAACAACAGUGACGACCGAUGGUUCAUCAACGAGUACCGUUUGUGAUGAAUUUCAGUGCACAACAACGGGUUAUUUUCGCGAUCCCAAAAAUUGUGCCAAAUUUUACUACUGUGAUAACACAUCUCGUUAUGAUUUUGAAUGCCCUGAAGGUUUGCUAUACGACACCGAAGACUUUGUUUGUAACUGGGCGAGUGUUGUAGACUGUUGAGAAAGGACUUCAUGUUUAUGAUUAAACUACGCAUAUUUCGAAUAUUUCUAGCGUUUUCUAUUUGAUAUCCAUCGUAUAAAUUUAGAAAAUGUUGGUAAAUUACCAGCACAAAAAACUCAUAUAAGGGAGACUUGAUCCCCUUUUCUGAUUUCCGAUGUAUCACAGACAAAAAUAAAAGAACAUACGCGAUUUCCAAACAG